GGAGGAGGUGGAGGAGGAGAGUCUCCAGCAGGAGGAAACAGGUGGUUAGUCACGCCCAGCCUGUUGAGCAGGUAGCACAGGUAGAGUGGACACAGUCACACCGAGAGAGCUGGAGGAGAAACCUGUUGCACGGUUGGAGAAAUACCUGGAAUGAACUACAAAGUGAGCAGCACUUGAACCAGUCUUUUCCCCUCGCCGUCUCGACAAACCAAGAUGAAGCUGGCUGUAGCUAUGGUGUGCCUGAGCGUGGCUGUGAUGGUUGUAAUGGUUUUACAGGCCGUGCGUCAGGAGCUCGACCUGCACUGGUUGAGAACCCGCAUGCUGGACAACUCUGCCGAGGUCAAGAGGAAAGAGGAGACCAUCGUCCAGAUGAAAGUGAAAAUCAAUGAGAUGAAGUCAACGCUGCUGUCCGUCAACUCCAAGAUAGAGGAGAUGAAGAAGAAGAGGACUGACAGUGAAAAGUCAGCACAGGACCUCAGUCAAAGUCUGCAGACCUGUAACACUGAGAAGGCAGCUGAUGAGAAGAAGAAGACAGAUAUAGGAGAGUCCAUGACUAAACUCAAAGCUAAUCACGAAGUGGCUAAAAAGGUGGCCGAACACGACAUCCAGGACUUGAAACAACAGAUUUUGGAUAGAGACAAAACUCUUUGUGGCUAUGCAGAUACAACCAAGAAGGAAGCAAGGGAGCUGUGUGGAAUCACCGACGCUACAAAAUAAAGUCAACUCAAAAACAUUCAACACGAACUUUUAAAAGAAGAAGCAUGUAUGGCAUGCAAACGAGGAUACAUUUUGUACUAUCACUGAUAUGAAAACGUGUUGUUGCUUAUAUGAUGUACAAACUGUACAUUCAUUGGACAAAUGGCACAGACAUAGGGAGUGGGGAAAUAUUUUGCAAUGUGAUUGUGUUGGUUAGAUCUAAUUAUUGCCUUUUGUCUCUGUAAAACACUUUAACAGAUGAUUACAGCUUUCACAAAUAAAUUAAAUUUGUCAUGUAUGUCAGCGUCCCUUCACCUGAACCAGCAGCCUGCCUGAGGCAUUUACAGUCUAUGUUUUUGUUGCCCUGCCCCUCAUGAAACAUGAGCGACUGCCAGCAACCGCAAAAAUUAAAAGGGCAUCUGUUUAA